GAUUGGCCCACUAUUCCUUGCAAAAAGCGAGGUUAUGUAGAGUCCCGUGUUUACAAAGUUGCAACUUUUUCCCCAAAUUUCGAAUUAAAUCGCCAAAAUGACGUUAUUUAGGAGUCGACCGCUCUUAAAGUUAGUGUUACAGUACCAACCCGCGGCACUUUUACCAGCCGCCACAAAAAUUCACACCUCUGCGUUACUCCAAGCAUGGAAACCGGAAGACCACGAACCUCAAAAAUUUCUGGAAUAUAAUAAGAAAAUAUACCCUCCACAGUCACCCGACGAGGCCCCACGACCCGCUUUUGUUUGCCACCAACGAAGCAACAUCAAAUACAGCCCCUGGAAAAUGUGGUACAUCGCAUGUCUCGUGCGCGGCAUGACCGUCGACGAAGCCAUCAAACAAUUAAAAUUCGUGUUGAUGAAAGGGGCGAAGGACGUCAGGGAAACGAUCGAAGAAGCGCGAGAUUUGGCAGUGAAGGAGCACAACGUCGAGUUUGCGAGUAACUUGUGGGUGGCGGAGUCUUUCGUGGGGAAAGGUCACGUGGUGAAAGGAAUCCGGCGACAUGGAAGAGCCCGUUUUGGUAGAGUUGAAUAUUUUCAUUGUCACUAUUUCGUGCGUCUGGAAGAAGGCAAACCCCCGAAACACUACUACCAACACCACCCCAAAGAACCACACCAACAACUCGAGGAUUGGUUGCAACAAAUGAGGAAACGUAAAAUCACCAAUUCUAUUUAAUUACUUAAUGAUUAUGUAGAGCUAAAUAAAUAAGUUAACAAUU